AUGCAGACGCCGUUGCCCUCCAUGUUCCUCAACAACAACACAUCUUUCGCUGAGGAGUGCCGCAUCAGGGGCAAUGAGUGCGGCCCGGACCAGCGCGCAAACAUCAUCACAAUCGCCAAUCUGCUGCAGGAGGUCGGCGGCAACCAUGGAGUGGCGCUGUGGGGGCGCGCGGACAGCGGCUUCGCCUCGAUGCCUGGCAUGGACCACCUCAUCUUCGUGGCCACGCGCAUGCAGAUCCGCAUGCAGACAUACCCAAAGUGGGGCGAUCUGGUGCGCCUUGAGACGUACUUUGCUGAGGACGGGCGGCUGUGCACGCGGAGAGACUGGCACAUCACGGACGCGCAGACGGGGCAGCAGCUGGGAGCGGCCACCAGCACGUGGGUCACCAUCAACAGCGAGACCCGCAAGCUGGCGAAGCUCCCAGAGGACGUCCGCACCCGCUGGCUGACCCUCGCGCCCUCGCCGCCCCGCUCCGCGCUGCCGGCCGGCGUCACCAAGCGCAAGCUGCAGGACUUCCCCGAGCAGCCGGCGCUGAGCGGGCCGCUGGUGUCGGCGCGCCGCAGCGACAUGGACCCCAACGGGCACAUCAACAACGUGUGCUACCUGUCGUGGGCGCUGGAGGCCGUGCCGCCGCAGGUGUAUGCGGGCUACGACCUUUUGGAGGUGGAGAUGGACUUCAAGGCGGAGUGCCACGAGGGCGAUCUGGUGGAGGUGCUGGGGCACCCGCUGACAGACGUUUCAAACGGCAACGGCUGCGCCCAGCAGUUCCUGCACCUGCUGCGCAAGCACUCGGACGGCGGCAGCGGUUCGGAGGUCUGGCGCGCGCGGACGACGUGGGUGCCCAAGGGCAGCCGGCAGCAGUAG